ACAGCUAGUAAAGAUAACGAAGCAAGUUCGUUAAUGAAUUCUCUGCCGAAAGAGAAGUUUAAACUAGCAAAUAACGCCCACUCUACCAACAACCAUGCCUUACCUCUACAUAGAAACAGCAAAGGAAAAGUUAUGUCAAGGAGCAAAGUUCCUGUCAAAGGGCGUGUGUAAUAACACUCUCGCCACAAGCGCUUUUCGAGCAGAUCCGCACCGUACAGUUCGGGUGAUUUUUCCUGAUCAAUCCACAGACGCCAUUAUUUAUGUCACAGUAGUCAUCGUGUUCUACGCUGCCAUAAUCCUCAUCUUGGUUGGCACCAAUUUACACCGUUUUCGGCGAAAUACUGGUGGUCGGAACGACAGUCCCUCUGAGGACGAGGAAGAGAAUUACGAGCUAGAAGAAAAGCGCCACCUAGUGGUUCAUCUAGAUAAAAACUCUCGAGCUUAUCAAACAAUUAGUCUUGAGAGCGAAAGAGAUAAUGUGUUAAUUGUGUGACUUGCACACCACAGAGAAUAUGGUGUAAUAUCGGGACAUCGGUCAUUACCCAACAUAUAACUAGUGAAAAUUCGUAAAAGUGGUGGGAAAAUAAGGUUUCUGAGAAUUUGUUUUUUUUUAUUAAAUGAGCAGACGUGUAAUUACAAGUUAUUAUGAGAGUGUGAUCAUGUUAUUUAAUU